AUGAAUUCAGAAUAAUAAGACAUUAAUAGAUUAGCAAAAGCCAAUUUUGAAUAAUUUCUUAGAGUCUGGUGGCAAUCACUUUUAUUUGGUACCAAACUGGUAAUUGGAAUUUCCUGGUUAUUUGGUUUUAUUGAUUUAUUGAGCGAUUAUGCCUUUGAUUUAUUCAGCAAUUCUCCAGAGCAAACAAUACCAUUUUAAAUUUAGAGACUAUUCUUUUCACAAUUUGUUCACUAUUAUACCAUUGAUUUAAUGCUUGCCAUUAUUUGCGUGUAUAAAAAAUUAGAAGAGUUAGAAUAAAAGCAUUCCUCUGCUCUUUUCAUCAUUUUAAUAGUGGUAUUAGGAUGUCUCACUCAAUUUAUAUGUGUUUUACUUUAAUGGAUAUUAUCAUUUAUUUACUCUCCAUUUUAUUCAAUUAAAGCAUAUGGAUUAUGGAAUUAUUAUAUUUUCUGUGUCAUCUAAGAAUGUUUGACUGCUCCAAAUGGAUAAAGUUUAUUUUUAAUAUUUCCAAUGUAAUUGAAAAAUCAAUACUAUCCUAUUGUUUUAGUUAUCUUUUUUACACUUAUUCAAUAAUCAUUGACAUUCAUUUCAACAGGCUUCUUAGGAAUUUUAUUCUUUUUAUUCUAGAAUCAUUUCACUUAAAUUAACCAUUCUACUAUUGAAAGAUUUGAAAAAUGCAUACUUUUGAAUUUCUUUACAGAGAGACCCGAUUUCAAGAAAAUAUCAAAUUAUCAAGAUUAAUUAGAACCCAGUGUGGAUGCAAGAGAACUCUAAUCAGUUGAAACACCACCAGCAAAAUUAACACUCUAAGGUAGUCCUUAAUAAUUCAGGUCAUCUUUAGUGCUUUCUGAACUACAAAAAGAAAUGAAUUAAAAAGAGGAUGAUAGCGAACAGCCUAUUCAAGAAGAUGAUGAAGAAAAAAAAAUAAAAUGAAUCAAAUCCAUCUGCAUAAUUUGGAUGAAUCCAUUUAA